AUGAGAGUGGCGCAAACAGCUCAGACCUCUGUUGGUGUUGUCCAGCUCCAGCCCCGGUCGGGUGACGUGGACCCUCUUUUAUCGGACGGUCCUAUGGCGCCGCGUCCCGGCCACACCAACCUCACCUCCGCCGCCGGUUCCUUUUCAGUCUACGGGCCUUCUGCGCGUUUGAAUACCACCCACACCUUUCCUCUGCAUAGUAAGCUCUCGCCUCUGAGCUUUCCCCUUGGCUCUUUGGACGACACCCCAACAGACCUUGACCUUAACCUUGUGAAAUGCCUGCAUGGCAAAUGCCGUUCCUGGCCGAGACAGGCGAAUCACACGCCGCAACGGCCAUGCGUCCAGCAACGGCUUACCCCUGUCUAUGGCGGGGGGGACCUGACGAAGAGAAAGAGGUCUCGGUACGCUUCUUCUCUGCUGUUGGCUCUGUGA